AAUUGUAUUCAUAAUAGGAAAUAUGGGCUCAUGUCUCAUAAAUUAUGUGACCAGAAAUGACUCUCAAUUGUUAGUCGGAUGCGAUAACAAGAAUAAUGAGAUUUGGGAUUACUAUGAGGUCAUCAAUGACUCUGAGUGUCCGCACGAAAAGCCAAAGCCCUCACCAAAUGAGGACACGUGCGCUAAUGUGCCCGGAAUUUGUAAAAACGGAGGAUUCUGUGAACCCAUUCAAAAUGAUCCGCCGCACCAGUCCUUUACAUACGGCUGUCAGUGUCCGUGCAAUUACUGUGGCAAACAUUGCGAUAAAUUAAAUAUGAAGACUUAUAGAAACGGAUGUCUAAACACUAGUGUAUUGGUUUGGUCUGUGGCUGAGAAUAACGGCGAUUGUUUGGAUAUGUGUUUAAAUGAGAAGGACUGCAAAUCUAUCAGUUAUAGCGGAACUUCUGGCACUUGUAUUCUUCAUUGGGGGGACUUAUCAUCUGAGACCAUAAUACCGGCGCCUCAUUGUCCCUCUUAUCGGUCAGAUAUUACCGAUAAAGAGUGGACUUAUCACGAAAUAAUUUGCGACACAAAGACAUGUCAUUCAUCCAUUGAGGUUUACAAACAAUAA